UUGCCUCUGAAACAAAUAUUUUUGAUUGUGGCUGGUCUUAUCGAAGUUAUCAACUGUUACGGCACACAUGAUAAAACUCCAUGUGGGGUAGAGGUUAGAGUUUAUCUAAUCCAAGGAUUAUUCCUAGUGUUUCUUCACUCAGAAGAGAGGUUGUUCACCGAGAAACAUGAAUGGGUUUUAGUAGAAAACAACAUUGGAACUGUAGGAGUCUCUCAGCAUGCUCAGGAGUCGUUAGGAGACGUAGUGUAUGUCCAGUUACCAAAUGUUGGAGAUAUAGUGAAACAGGAAGAGGAGUGUGGAGCCCUAGAGAGUGUAAAAGCAGCCAGUGAAAUUUACAGCCCAGUUUCGGGGAAAGUCACCGAGAAAAAUACUGAAGUAGAAGAAACUCCAGCUCUCAUCAAUCAAUCCUGCUAUGAUAAAGCUUGGCUGUUUAAAUUAGAAUUGAGUAAUCCAGAAGAACUGUCCAAGUUAAUGGAGGAAAAUCAGUAUGAAGAGUUUUUGAAGAAUAAUACUGAUUCACAUUAACGGAAGUCAGCAUAAUCUCAUCAGUUGUUGCAAGAUACACUUGAUCCUCCCGGAGGUCAUCUAGGGGGAACAGAUCAUCGACAGGUUUAAAAUACUAGACUUUUUAAGAUGUUAUCUCAUAACAUUAUCACUGCUUUUUAAGGGGUUGAAUAUAAGUUAUAAUGCCUUAAAGUUCUAUGUUCAUAGCAUUUUAUGAUGCAUUAAAAUUUUUUUUUUGGAAUCUCACUAGAACUUCCCUUUUGUCAGAAUGACAAAUAUUUCUACUUUAACACUUUUUUUUUAAAAAAAGAAAUUUUUUCGCACUAUUCUUUCUAUUCGAAUAAAAUUAAUUUAUGCAUGUGUGUGUCUUCAUAUUUGAGGAACUUUUACCGGUGUAGAGAACAUUAAUACCCAAGUAAAGGUAAUUUUACAAAUUGAGAAUUAUUUCAAGCUUCUUCCAUAAAUGCUAUGCUCUCGCAAUUAAGGAUGUUACUGUUCAAAGUCCAUAUGCAACUACUUACAUCAAAGUGAAAAAUAAUAAUUUUUCUUCACUCCAUUAUACUUGAUAUGUUAUGCAGACUUUAAUUAGCCAUCAAAUUUGCAUUGAAAGUCGAAGAAUAAAUAAAAAAUAAAAAAAUCCUCAGGUUCUCUCUCUCUGUUUGGUCAAAAUAAAUCGUUUAUCCUUCAUUUCAUUCCUAAUAAAAUGACUAAUUAAAACGAAAUCAAAAUGCCUUGAUUUGAUCACGAUUCUCUAAAGUAAUCAUUGAAAAUAUUGCAUUUUGGAAGCACCGAAAAGCAAACAGCCCUCCCUAUUAAUAAUUUCAUCAAACUGAUACAGGGUCGCUGUCAAAUUUUUUACCGUUAAGUAUGUAUGUAGACUGCUGAUGGUUUUUACCAAAAUAAACAUUGAUGACUUGAA